UGACAACAAGCCAGACUGCCGAAUCCAGAUCCAGACUAGUCUUGAAGUGACCAACUUAAAGUGAACUCAGAACUCAGCAGCUUGUGAGUUGAUCGUAAACGCAAUAUUAUUUAAUUAUCAUUGAAUAAUAUUAGGCAAUAAACGACGAAUAAUUGUAUGCUGUUUUUUGUUUGCGUCUUUAGUGACAUUUUGUAGUAAUAUUAUCCGUGUAUCGUAAAGUCCGUGACGUUCAAAUCGUAUCACCACCCACAGCUACUACAAAUUACAAUAGUUGUUAAAAUGGCAAAUAACCAAGAAGCGAUGCAAGUAUGUUCUUUGCCUUUACCACCUGUGCAAUACUUCCAAAAUUAUUCAGAUGAAAACAUUAGGCGAGGUCGUGCUUCUAAGCCUCCACCAAUAAUCCAAGAAACAUACACAAUGUUUGGAAAUCCAUAUAAUGCUGAAGAUAGUAUAAUAAGACCUUUAGAAACUCAGGGUUUUAAACGCCUUUACCCUCAACAUUUUGAUAGACGUCGUGAAUUACGUAAGCUUAAUCAUUCGUUAUUGGUUAACUUUCUUGACUUACUGGAUCUGCUAAUCCAAUGUCCUGACUCUCCUAGACGAGCUGAAAAAGUUGAUGACAUAAGUCUAUUGUUUAUACAUAUACACCAUUUAUUAAAUGAGUUUCGUCCACACCAAGCACGAGAAACCGUUCGUGUCAUGCUAGACUUGCAGAGGAGACAAAGAAAUGAAACCACAAUACGGUUGCAAAAACACAUAGAUAAAGUAAGCGAUAUUUUACAACAAACAUUAGAAAAUUUGCCAGACACGGAGCUUGAUUCUAAGUUAAUGGUGGACACAUCCAAAAUUGAUCGUUUAGAACAGAAUAAUGCCGAUGAACCUAGAGUUGAUAAAUGUAUACCUAAAGAUAAAUUGAUGUGUCAUCUUAUUGAUACAAUGAAUACCAAUUAAAAACUAAGACAGUUUAUUUAUUUUUUGUUAUUGUUUUAUAUAUUUAUACAGAAAAUAUUUUGAACUAAUAAUGUUUUUGUCAUUCUUUUAAACUUAAAUCAUUUAUAUCUCCAUAACCCUUAUACAUUACCUUUAUGCAUAUUAAAAUUAAAAAAAAACAUUAAAUAAU